AUUGGUAAUGGUAAUUAAUGACAAACUAGCUAAGAGUAGUUAUUAUUACCUACUUGUUACUUUGUGAAUAUUUGAAGUUAUUAGGAGGACAUGGCAAAAGAUGAUGAUGAAAUGCCUAAGAUCCUUCAUGGAACAAUUGAAGCUACCAUCUUCAAUGCCUCAUCACCUCCCUCUUCUUCUUCAUUUCCCUUCAAGUGUCUAUGUUUAAAAGCAGAAAAACCAGCUUAUGUGACAAUCAAGAUAGACAAGAACAAGGUUGCAAAAACAAUUGAAGACAUUGAUCGUGUAUGGAACCAAACGUUCAAGAUCCAAUGUGCAUACCCAAUUGAUUCAACAAUCACAAUAACACUCAAAACAAAAACUUGCACAUUAGGAAAGUACCACAUAAAAGGCCAAAAGCUUCUAGAAGAAGGAGGCUUAAUCAAUGGAUUCAUCCCUCUAUUAAUGCAAGAUAAUAAUGGGAAAAAACCAAACCAAAAACUCAAAUUGAAGUUCCAGUUAUGGUUCAAUUCAGCUGAAGAAUUAUUGGAACCAAUAAGUUGGGCAAAGAUAAUGAGGUUUGGGAAUUGUUGUCAAGGAAUGAGAGAUUCUUCUACUACAUUUCCACAAAGGUCUAAUUGUUAUGUCAAACUAUAUCAUGAUGCUCAUCAUUGUUCUACUUUUCAACCAAAUAUAACUGGUUUAUUAUGUGAAGCUCCAAGGAAGCUAUGGGAGGAUGUGUAUAAAGCUAUUGAGGGUGCAAAGCAUAUAAUUUAUAUUGCAGCCUGGUCCCUCAAUCCAAACUUGGUUCUGGUUAGAGAUCCUCAAACAGAAAUCCCACAUGCCAAAGGAAUAAAGCUUGGUGAUUUAUUGAAGAAGAAAGCAGAGGAAGGUGUUGCUGUGAGGAUUAUGCUUUGGGAUGAUGAAAAAUCUUUGCCCUUUAUUAAGAAGAACAAAGGUGUAAUAACAAACAAUAAUAAUGCACAACAUCAUGAUGAUGAUGAUGAUGAUGAUGCUUUUGCUUACUUCAAGAAAACAAGAGUAAUAUGCACAAAGUGUCCUAGGUUGCACCACAAAUUCCCAACACUCUUUUCUCACCACCAAAAGACUAUAACAUUGGACACAAAAUCACCAAAUAAUUCUAGUGAUGAUGAUGGUGAAGAUGAGAGAGAACUAAUGAGCUUUUUGGGAGGAUUAGAUUUGUGUGAAGGAAGAUAUGACACUGAGCAACAUUCAUUGUUUCACACACUGAUUAGGGAAUCACAUUGUUAUGAUUUUUACCAACCAAACAUUGGAGGAGCUAGUCUUAACAAAGGAGGGCCAAGAACACCUUGGCAUGAUGCUCAUGCUUGUGUUAUUGGUGAGGCUGCUUGGGAUGUGUUGACCAACUUUGACCAAAGGUGGAGAAAGCAAUGUGAUUCUUCUUUUCUUGUUCCUACUACCACCAUUGCAAAUGUUGUUGGGCCAAGGAAUAGCACAACUUCAAACACUUCCAUAGACAAGGAUUGGAAUUGGAAAGUUCAAGUAUACAGGUCAAUUGAUGAUGUGUCAGCUAGCUUCCAAAGCCAAUCAUUUAGAGAGUUACAUGUAGAAAGGAGCAUCCAUGAGGCUUAUGUUGAAGCAAUAAGAAGUGCUGAAAAGUUUAUAUACAUUGAGAAUGAAUAUUUCAUUGGAGGGUGCCAAUUAUGGGACAAAGAUAGGGAUAGUGGAUGCACAAACCUAAUCCCAAUUGAAAUUGCACUCAAAAUUGUUAGCAAGAUCAAAGCAAAAGAGAGCUUUGCAGUGUACAUAGUGAUACCAAUGUGGCCAGAGGGAGUGCCUAAAAGUGAAGCAGUUCAAGAUAUAUUGCAUUGGACUAGAGAAACUAUGACUAUGAUGUAUAGGUUAAUUGGAGAAGCAUUGAAGGAGAAUGGGGAGAAUAAUAAUAAUGGUCACCCUAAAGAUUAUUUGAAUUUCUUUUGCCUUGCAAAUAGGGAACAAAAGGGGAGUGGGGAGUAUAUUCCACAACAUGCUCCUCAUCCUGGAACACUUUAUGGGAAUGCACAAAGUAAUAGGAGGUUCAUGGUUUAUGUUCACUCCAAGUUCAUGAUAGUGGACGAUGAAUACAUACUAAUAGGAUCAGCAAAUGUGAACCAAAGAUCCAUGGAUGGAGAAAGGGACAGUGAGAUUGCCAUAGGCUGCUACCAAUUAUCUCAAGAUAAUAAACAUGAAGGUAUGAGCCGUGGUGAGAUUCAUGCAUUUAGAAUGUCACUAUGGUAUGAACACACUGCUAGUAGUGCCAAUUAUGACUUGUUCUUGGAGCCACAAAGCUUGGAAUGUGUCAACAUUAUGCGUUCAAUUGGUGACAAAAUGUGGCAAAUUUACAUCAAUGAUGAAAUUGUGGACAUGGAAGGUGUGCACCUUGUGACUUCUUUACAAAUUAAAUUAUAUAUAUAA